AUGGACUUACUACGGAAAACUUAUUCACCAGAUCCAAUUGACUUCUAUGAAGCAGAUAUCAAAUUAACCAAAAAUGAUCGUAUGGAACUUCAUCAUGAAAUUAACAAAAUUCUUACAAAUGCAGGUGUUGUCUCAUUAGGGGUUGGAAUUGUGGGAUUCACAUUACCAAAAUUCUAUACCCAAUAUAUCUCCCAUAAACCAAUGGGAGUGUUCCAACCAUUAGUAUCGAUGAUUAUUGGAUCUGCAGCAUUGUUGGGUAGUCAUAAUUAUGUAUGUAAAUCAGAAUAUGAACGACGAAUAGAUAAUUUGAAGAUGUUACAAAAUAAAAGAAUCACCGAGGUUUGGAAACAUAUGGAUCCCGAUAGGUUUGAAUUUUAUGCUCAUUAUUAUUUGACUAGUGCUCAAAAUCCAAAGCUUAUAUUAAGAGAUCCAAGACUUGCUGAUCGAAAGUAUUCUCAAUUUCCACCAAUACUGCCGAAACAAGCAGAAGAUAAGAUAGAGCAGGAGGUGCAAGUACCGGAAUUGACAUUGCCACAAUGGCAAGAUACAACAGUGUCACAUGCGAAACGUCAGAUUGCGGAUCCAUAUUUUGAGAUAAGUGGAAUGUCACUAGGAGUUGAUAAUCCAAAAUUGAUCGAUAAGAGCCAAUUUAAGAAAGAAAGUUCAUCCCUGAACUUCUUAAAAGCUGAAAGUGAUUCUUUUCUUACUCCAGAGGAAGAAUCAACUAAUCAAAUGUCUGUAUGGGAAAGAAUUCGGAAUUCUUCUAGAUAA